CUAAUUCGAUUAUUAAACGUAUUUGGAAUCGGUAAAUGAACGGGUGUAUUUCCCAUAUCAGAUAUCAGUAUAGAGCUUACCUCAACAAACGACGAGGAGAUCCGUUUGAGCUGAAUUAUUACUGAACAUAUAAUAUUUGUUUUAAAUAAGUUCAGCUAACGAAGACGAAAACCAGCCGUGGGUAGUCAAAUAAUAAAUAUAUAUAGGCUUAGCACAAUUGGGAGAAAAAGAUUGUAAAUGAUGAAGUAUAUCACAAUAUUCCCAUAUUUACAGAAAAUGAGGAACUUGUGCGUUGCGUUAAUUUUUACAGCGUUGACAUUGGAUUUCUGCAGGUCACAAUGCAUGAAGCCGGAUAAUUUGGAUCCGUUGUUAUCUGUACCCGAUGAUCCGUAUUACGAGGGCCAGUUUAUAUCGAUCUCUUGUCCCAGCGGAACAUCGUUAUCAGGGGCUGUUUUCACAGUAUGUAGUGGAGGAAUGUUAACCAAUCCACUAGAAGACAUCACGUGUGAUCUCGAUUGCGAGUCUCCUACAACAGUUCAUGAAUCACUUCGCCUUGUGGGAGGAAAUAAAGCAUCCUAUACACACUAUGAUGUGGUAACCUUUGAAUGUGCUAAUGAUUACUCGGAACCUUUAGAAGGACCACCUUCAACAACAUGUAAUAAUGGAACUUGGGAACCAGAUCCCACCAAGACAAAAUGUCAAGCUCCAUGUUUAGCUCCUCUGGGUGCGUACCAAGAAGGUACAUCAUCUAUGCAUGGCUCAGGGAAUAACAUUACGUGUCGUCUGAACAGCAACAAUGCAAUACUUGAAUGUCAAGAUGGACUCUGGUCUGACACGAAUUUCAGAUGUCCAGCUUGUGUGAGAGCGGUUGGUAUGGACGCCAAUGUUUUAUUGAACUCAGGUGCCAUUGAGUUCUAUAACGGUGACUUCGUUAGUAUAACCUGCAAAGAAGGCUCAUCAUUAAGUGGUAUACCCUUCACAUUCUGUUUGCAAGAUGGUUCUUUCCAAUUCCCUUUAUCAGAUGUCACAUGCAAAUUGGACUGCAACGACCCUGCCAUAGACCAACCUACUUUGCUCUCUACUCGUGAUAUAUACUCUCACCAUUCGAUCGCUUCGCUCUCUUGUGCUGAUGGAUACAGUAUCUUAGAGGGUGCUAAUCAGAUCACAUGCAACAAUGGAGUGUGGAACCCGAGCCCAAAUUUAACUACUUGUGAGGUUAUAUUAUAGGCAUGUUACCAAUACUGAUGAUGUAUAUCAGUUCAAUUAAAAGGGAUGAAAUAUGGAUAGUUGAUUACUUGAACUGGAUGUAUAAAGUAGGUAAUAAAACAAUAUUUUGUGAAAGAUUAAGUUCUACAUUAUGUUACAUACGAAUAAUACAAAAUAUAUCUUUUCAUUAAGAUAUAAUUCUCAGCUUCGAUAUUAGGUAAUUGCAAUAGUGGAUUAUAAAUCUCAUACUACUAGGUAGGCCCUAGCAAAUCUAUGUAUUUUCAAUAGAUAAAUUCGUAAAAGGGAUGCAGAAUUUUUUAUUUUUUUUUUACAUUUUUAGCUUGAGCCAUUUCCCCUUCCUUAUUUUCUAUUUUAUCGCGCUUAUUUUUGCUUUCUCUCUUUCUCUCUCUGCUAAUCUCAAUUAAUGGAUUUGUGUGCAUGAUGAUUUUCUGAUAAUCUUUUAAUGGCUCGGAAGCUGCUCAGAUCGUAUAUUCAGGUUAGAUUAAUCCUGGGGGCAGUUUCAUAAAGCUGUUCGUAAGAUAAGAGCGACUUUAAGAGCGACUGGAGAACCUUACGCGCACAUUAGAGAAAUUAUAAUUGAUACCAAGUAGGGAUAAAAACUUCAGAGGUGAUCAAUAAGGAAACAAAAUGUUACAGCAAAGGUAAUUCCACAGGAAUCAAACAAUGUUUUUUUCAUUAUAAAGAGGGCAAUUUUUCACAUUUCACGAAAGAAAUAGAGGGGUGGGUAAUCCGAUCAUUUGCACACUGAACAUGAAAAAUAUGAAACUACUGUAUAUAUGUUUAUUUGUAGAAGUAAGGCAAACUUAACAUUCUCAUUUCAAAUCCGAUUAAGAGAAUUUCUUAGUGUAUAGAUUGCACGAAUUCCAUUUAUUGAGAUGCACUUAUUGGUGGGAAUGGCUUUGCGUUAAGAUGCAAGCUGAGGAAGAAUUAUGCACGAGGCUUUCACUAAACUUAAAGUCGAUCAUCUAACCAAACUAUUUAAAAAGGCCCAAGGAUGAACAUUAUUUCAUGACGAGGACUUUCAUCUGAAAUUGUCUCCAUUUUAAUGAUCUAAAGGCAAAGUAGGAUUUGCUUUACUUAGUGUUUUUCAAGUCUAAAUUCUCAAAUUUCUGUAUCUAUCCAUUCCUUUAUGCGAUCUGCUAUAAAAUCUGUCUAACGUUAUCAAAACUCAUUUUCAACGCUUUCCAUUUUUUCUCUUAAAUAUAACCGAUGAAAGUAUCCAGGUGUUAUCAACAGAUAAGCUUAAUGCACAGGAUAAUACCAAUUGACGACACUGAAAUAUCAAAGUAUUACAAUCACAUCAAAUUCAGUUUGAAGGAAUAUUCAACUUUAUUCAAACAAGCUGCACACGAUUGCAACGUUAACACUAUGGCAGUUACAGCAAAUAUUUCAGAAUACAAAAUAGAAAUAAAGGUAUAAGAUUUUAAUGGAAUGCAUUAUCAGUAUACAAACUAUAAAAAGAAACGUCAGUUACAAUGCAGUAAAAAGAAUUGCGCUAUCGUAUAUGACAAAAGCAAUAUAAACAGUUUAUAUCGAUUUUUAGACUCCCCCCCCCCCCCCCCUGGAAAAAGGGGAAAAUAUACCAACUCAAAUUAACAAACAAAUAAAGGGACAAUAAAUGGAUUAGGAAAAAAAAUAGGGAAAAAAUGUGUCAUACUGAGUCAGAGAAACUAGAACAAAAUGGUCGC